AUGCGUGCCGCGCGCGGGCUCGUCGUCCUCACCAGUCCGCGCGUCCGUCGUCUCAAUAUCGCUCGAACAUCCCCGUACAUCGCGUCCGACGUCGUUACCGUCCAUCCAGACGAGACGCUCGACGUGCUCGGUCGCUCAAAGCUCAAGGCGGUGCAGAGCAGAGUCGGUUACAGGAGCGGCGUCGACGCGUUGGCGCUCGCUUGGCGCGCUCACGCGUCGUCGACGACGAAAACGGACGAGUAUGAACGACUGAGGAUCGCCGAUCUCGGUGCUGGAUCGUCGGGGGCGGUGGGAUUAGCGUACGCGUUGGCUCGGGAAGCGUCGGUGGUUGCGCUCUUCGAGCUCCAGUCUUCGAGCGUGGAGCGAUUGCGACGCACGAUCGAGGCGAAUCGACGAGCGAUUGAAAAGGUUGGGCUCGACGUCGAGGUCAUCGAAGCGGAUUGUGGGGAUUUAGGGGAGGCGGAAGGAUUUCGAGGCGCGUUUGACGUUGUGCUGACGAACCCGCCGUAUUUCGACGAGUCAAAGGGAACGCUCGCGGGACGCUCAGAGGAGCGGCGCAUCGGGCGAUUUGAGAGCACGGCGUCGUUAGAAGAUUUUUGUACGUUCGCAAAGACGAUGUUAAAGGAGGACGGCGGAGAGUUUCACGUCGUCUAUCCGUUCUUUCAGCGAGAACGAUUAGAGAGAGCAAUGGUGGACGUCUUCUGCAACGUGCGCGUGGCGGCAUGUUACGACUACCCCGGAGCGGAUCGGGCGAGUCUGGUGUUCGGUAGUGCCAAAACCGGUGAUAAGUGCGGUAAGAUUGAACUUGAACCGUUCGCGCUCCAUCAUCGGCCUCGAGAGAGCGACGGGAAUCGCGCGUACGUCGACGACUUUGAGCGCUUUCUCGCGAAGGUCGCCGAAUCCGACGUGUAG